UUUAACCCUCCCCUAGUCGCGAUCAACCGUGUUUUCUAUCCUUAGAAAAUGCGGGCGUGACACCAAUCCACUCGAUUUUCAUUUGGCUCAAUUGGUUUCAGACUAUUAUUCAGUUUGGUCACUCAACUUUGGGUUUAUAAACACCUUCCGACUAUAUUCAACCGUAAAGAAUACUAAACUGAAAUUAACUAAAAUAAUAGUCCAAUUUUUGUAAGAUAUAAGUUUUAAUGUAUAGUACUUGAAAGUAAAAUAGAGAGAGAAAAAAUUUUAUGAAUAAAAAUUAGUACUAUAUCAAAAUUAAUAAAUGGGCUGAAAACAGUCCAGUAAAAGAAGCCCAAUCUACUGAUUAGGGCUUCUGAGAUUUCAUAUUUCAGCAGCGCAAUCUCACGUACAGAGGAAGAGAGAAGGGAAGAAGAGAAAAAAGAAGAAGAGAGGUCGCAUUGAGCUGCUGCAAUGGCUCCCAAGCAAAAGGCCCGCAAUCCGGAGCUCAUUCCUGGAGUUGGCAAGGUUUCCCGCUCCAAGAUGUACCACAAACGCGGCCUAUGGGCUAUCAAGGCUAAAAAUGGCGGAAAAUUCCCCGUCCACGCCAAGCAGGAGGCUGCCGCCGUCGUCGAGGAGAAGCAGCCUAAGUUUUAUCCAGCUGAUGACGUCAAGAAGCCGCUCUCCAACAAGCGCAAGCCUAAGCCUACCAAGCUCAGGGCGAGUGUUACUCCCGGAACAGUGCUGAUUAUUUUGACCGGAAGGUUUAAAGGGAAGAGAGUUGUGUUUUUGAAGCAGCUCACUUCUGGAUUGUUGCUUAUCACUGGUCCCUACAAGGUUAACGGGGUUCCCCUAAGACGUGUCAACCAGGCCUACGUCAUUGGAACCUCCACCAAGGUUGACAUUUCUGGUGUGGAUGUGUCCAAGUUUGAUGACAAGUACUUUGGCAAACAAGUCGAGAAGAAGAAGAAGGGAGAGACUGAGUUCUUUGAGGCCGAAAAACAGGAAAAGAACACACUCCCAGCUGAGAAGAAGGAUGAUCAGAAGGCUGUUGACGCUCCGUUGUUAAAGGCUUUGGAAUCUGUCCCAGAUUUGAAGGCUUAUUUGGGAGCAAGGUUCUCGUUGAAGGCUGGCUUGAAACCACAUGAGUUGGUGUUUUAGGCACAUUUUUGUUGUUUUUUUAUCAGCUUGUUUCCUUGAACAAAUAUUUCUCACUGGUAUAAAGGUAAUGAAAUCAAGGUUCAAUCAAUGAUUUUAUAAUAAUGAAUCCUAUUCUGUUCUUGAUCAA